AUGGCUACAUUGAAACACCCGUCAUCGUUUGUCACAUUGGUGGCACUUCUAGUGGUGGCUCUUUUCGUGGCUCCAACAUCCUCAACAUCCAGAAAAACCCUCAAGCACCACCCUUAUCCAACAAAUGGGUUCCGAGUCAUGCUUCGCCACGUUGACUCAGGGAAAAACCUAACCAAACUAGAGCGUGUGCAACACGGGAUCAAGCGUGGAAAGAGUAGGCUUCAGAGGCUGAACGCAAUGGUGUUGGCAGCUUCGACCGCACCAGAUUCUGAUCAGUUGGAAGCCCCCGUCCAUGCAGGGAAUGGAGAAUACUUGAUGGAGUUAGCCAUAGGAACUCCACCAGUGUCUUACCCUGCGGUUUUGGACACUGGCAGUGACCUCAUAUGGACACAGUGCAAGCCUUGCACACGAUGUUACAAGCAACCAACACCCAUUUUUGACCCCAAGACGUCCUCUUCGUUUUCCAAGGUCUCAUGUGACAGCAGCUUAUGCAGUGCCUUGCCUUCAUCUACCUGCAGUGAUGGGUGUGAGUAUCUGUAUUCAUACGGUGAUUAUUCAGUUACACAAGGGGUGUUGGCCACUGAGACCUUCACUUUUGGAAAGUCUAAGAAAAAAGUUUCCGUUCACAACAUCGGUUUUGGUUGUGGAGAGGAUAAUGAAGGUGAUGGGUUUGAACAAGCCUCGGGGUUGGUUGGGCUUGGACGUGGUCCUUUGUCUUUGGUUUCUCAACUCCACGAACCGAGAUUUUCUUAUUGUUUGACCCCAAUAGAUGACACAAAAAAGAGUGUUUUGUUGUUGGGGUCUUCGGAAAAAGUGAAAGAUGCAAAAGAAGAGGUGACAACCCCUCUUCUCAAAAAUCCUUUGCAACCUUCUUUUUACUACCUUUCUCUCGAUGGUAUCUCUGUGGGAGACACUAGAUUGCCCAUUGAGAAGUCCACUUUUGCAGUGGGAAAUGAUGGGAGUGGAGGUGUGAUCAUAGACUCUGGCACCACAAUUACCUACAUUGAACAAAAGGCCUUUGAUGAACUAAAAAAAGAGUUCAUUUCUCAAACCAAGCUUCCCGUGGACGAAAAUACCUCAACUGGGUUGGAUCUUUGUUUCUCUCUGCCAUCAGAUUCAACAGAAGUGGAAAUUCCAAAGCUGGUUUUCCACUUCAGUGGUGGAGAUUUGGAGCUACCUGCUGAGAACUACAUUAUUGGUGACUCCAACUUGGGAGUGGCUUGCUUGGCCAUGGGUGCUGCCAGUGGAAUGUCCAUAUUCGGGAAUGUUCAACAGCAGAACAUUUUGGUGAACCAUGAUCUCCAGAAAGAGACCAUUUCUUUCAUCCCUACGUCCUGUGAUGAGUUGUGA